UGUAAUCCAUCAUCGACCGGGCUGUCAAUUUAAUCAAAAGGCUUAUUGGGCGUGUGUGGAGUCGUGACGGUUAAUAGCGGAAUGAAACAACAACCCGAAAAAGGGAGGAAGCUUUAAUUGCACAACAACCAUAAUCACCUUGGCAUCGUCUCAAGAGAUUCAAGCACCUCAUCAUGCUCGGGGUACGGAAUGUAGCCGUAUGGCAGAGGGCAGGCUGUGGCAUACAGGGCUCCGUAUCAAGGUGUUCGAGGCGGAUAUACGCACCUUGUCAUAACUCAUUGCGCAAUGAAACAAAUUCCAUACAAAGAAGCCGAUUGUCACAAACUGCAUUGAGACAAUUCAAUUCGUCAAGCUUCUCUUUGCAACAGAGUAAACAAUCUCAAUCACCUGGUAACAAAAAUGAUGCAUCAGUCAAAACACAAAGUGCCCCCAAGGAUGAUCGACCUUUUCGAAAAAAGUAUCCGCCCAUUCGACCGCUACCUGAAGCGGAAAGUUUUGAUCAACCUGCCGUUGCAAAUCCAAUUGAGACUGCUUUAGCUCAUAAAAGAUUCAGAAGGCAAGCUCAAAUAGCAGCAUACGUACUGGGUGCCUUGGGUUUGGCAGGUGCGACAAUCUACUUUACAUUCACAGUCGGAAAAGCAGAUGACGGAAAAGAAUUGGUCUUAGAUCGAAAGGAAUUGUCAAGCGUACAACACGAACAUGUUACUGUCAAGAAUAUGGCCAUCACGCACGAAGAGCUGGAAAAGCAGAUUCGAGAAGCACAAAAGGGCCAAAAUCAAGGAAGCUAUACCGUUCUAGCCAUCAAACGAUCUGCCACAAUCGGAAAGGCGGUAAUUCUAUGCAUGUGGGAUUACAGACAGACACUCAAUAAGAAGUACAAAGAUAGAGCCGAAGAACAGGAAGAAUUACGUCAAUGCCAUUUACGCUCCGCCCAUCGAGUUUUGGUGGCUUUGCAAGAGAAUGGAGGAUUGUAUAUCAAGCUUGGUCAACAUUUAUCAUCCAUCAUCUUGCUCCCUCCAGAAUGGACAAAUACAAUGAAACCACUGCAAGAUCAAAACACACCUACCCCACUUCCAGAAUUGGAAGCGAUGUUCCGCACUGAGACCGGAAGAACAUUUAGUGAAGCCUUUAGCGAAAUUGAUGCGAAGCCGAUCGGAGUUGCAAGUUUAGCACAAGUACACCGAGCGGUAGAUCGUCAAACGGGACAGCAAUUGGCCAUCAAACUCAUGCAUCCACAGGUCGAACGUUUUAGUCAAGUAGAUAUGCAAACGGUCAAUGUGUUGGUUCGUUGGGUAAAACGAGCAUUUCCCGAUUUCGAAUUCACUUGGCUUGCUGAAGAGAUGAACGAGAAUAUGCCAUUAGAGAUGGACUUUAGACAUGAAGCCGGUAAUUCACGUAGAGCAGCAGAAGAUUUUGCGCAAUACAAAAAGACAAGUGUUUAUAUUCCCAAAGUGCCUUGGGUGUACAAGCGUGUAAUGGCGAUGGAAUUCGUUGAUGGAAGAAGACCGGAUGAUUUACAAUACCUUUCCGACCAUCACAUCGAUCGCAAUCGAGUCAGUCAAGAAUUGAGCAGAGCAUUCUCACAAAUGUUGUACAUGCACGGCUUCUUCCACGCUGAUCCUCAUGGAGGAAAUGUGCUGAUCCGUCCUGCACCAAAAGGCAGUAGGUCGCCAUUCAACUUUGAGGUAGUCUUGUUGGAUCAUGGAUUAUACUUUGAUAUCUCACAAGAACUGCGAACGAAUUAUGCUCGAUUCUGGCUUGCUCUUCUCUCAAAAAGUACACCAAGCGUGAUGGCAGAAAGAAGACGACUGGCCAAAUCGAUCGCGAACAUCGACGAUGAUUUGUACCACAUUCUCGAAAGUGCCAUCACUGGAAGAAGUGGUUUGGAAGGCAGUGACGAUAAGAAUCCCAACGGAGUAGGCGGCGGAAAGCGAAAGAGUAGUCUCUUGGACUUAGACAGUGGAUCAGAAAUGACGGAUGAAGAGCAAGAACAUAUACGUAAAACGGUUAUGGAGAAAGAAGGUCUUUUCAUUGAUAUUUUGAAAGUUCUCAGACAGGUUCCAAGACGGAUGUUGAUGGUUUUGAAGCUAAACGAUCUUGCUCGAUCAUUAGAUGCCAACUUGCAUACCACCCAUGGUCAUGCUCGACCUUUCAUUAUCACUGCACGUUAUUGCGCUUUGGCUGUAUGGAAAGAUGAUCGAGAAAGCCUUGGAGAACGUUGGCAGAAAGAAGGAUUUUCGUUCCGAUUAUUGGGCGAUUGGAUUUCCUCGCUUGCAAACUAUAUCUACUUCUAUAGAGGUUUAAGUUUCUUUGAAGCUUUAAGCGAUAUGAAUGCUUCCCGACGUAAGAUUUUCAGCUUUAGUUCUGCUUUUGCAAAAUCUGCUAAUCUUUUGGGUGCAAGACGUGCGAUGAGCGGAGUUGAUAGUCAAACGUUAUCAAGACAAAAAGAACAAGCUGAUUUCGAUAGAGCACGAGAACAAGUUAAAGUGCAAGAUGAUGAUGCAAAAGCAGAGGGAAAGACGAAAAAGUAUUGAAAACAAUGGAAUGAUGUACUAUAACAUAUCAAGCAAUAAUAGAAUGCAAUAAUUUAAUAUCAAACAUCGCAUUUGAAUGUGUAGUCUAGCGGUGACGGUAAAGAUACAAUACGUCAAUUGGUCAUAUGGCGAUUCCCCACGACUCUCCAGCCGGACUUGGAAGCUGAGAAGUUUUCGUAACGGGUGACUGACUUGCAGAAUUUGAUAAGCUACUGGAGACCGAUGUGAUUGGGGAUGAUGGUAUUGAUGUUUGGGACAAGUGAAGUGUAGAGAGGUCCAAAUCUGGAACCUUCUUCCUGUUCAAUCUCUUCAACUUCUUUUCCUCCAAUUCUUUCAAACAUGUUGUGCACGUUGGCGGCAUGUAUGUUUCAAUGAUUGCAUGUGUU